AUGGCCAGAUUAAACGAGCCAGUGCUGUCAACAGCAGAAAGCAUCGAAAUCCUUCGAAAGAAAAUGCUUCGUCAAAAUAGAGAACUCGCCAAAACCAACAACAUCCGAGCUCUUAACAUUCGAGACCUCGAAAACGAGGUGGAUCGUGCCCUCUCAGAGAAUCUCAAACUUCGUGCCCGCAUCGCUGAGCUCGAGAAACAAGCUCAGGCCCACGAAUCUCGUCAAUCAAAUUCCAUGAACAUCAGAAAGGCACUUGAAAGUCAGCUGGCAGAGUGGUGCACGCUGCUCGGUGGUCUGGGAGGCAUGGACCCCCCUGCGAAGAAGCACUCGCCUGCCGUUGAAAGUGUCACCGAUAGCAGAAGGAGCUACCUAAAUACCCGCAGGAGCCCUUCACAACGGCGUCUGCACAACAUUGCAAACGAUGUCGAAAAACUUGGCCACAUUCCCGAGCACCAACACUCACGCAAGCCCCUAAGUUCUGAAGAAAUCGAAGCACUCAUAUGCAGAUCAGACGACGAGGAGGACUACGAAGAGGCUACAGAGCAGGCUCCCCCCACCCGUGUCGUAUGCCAGGAGCCAGCCAAGUCUGACACGCCACCACGCGAGGCUAGAGCACGUAACUUCUCAAGUAGCCUCGAUUCUUCGCCCCUCAUCGUUCCAUCGCCAAAUUUCGAUAAUCUCCGUAUCGGCUCAGUACUACCCACGAGCAGCACGACUCCGAUGAUAAGAGAAAGCCGGGCUCGUGUUGAUGCCACCCCCGACACCCCAAUCGCGCUUCCCAUUAAGGCUGGGGCGAAGCGCAAGUUCAACAGAGACGAAUAUCAACCCAUGGCACUGGAGAAGAUCACAGACGAGAACAUGCCCCCAGGAGCUCAAGCCAAGGGUCUCGCCUUAUUUGAAGAGACAGGUGGAAAGACUGUCAAGGAGCUCGCCGCUAUCAGGCGCGAACAUACGCGCUCGCAAGCCGACGUCACAGGAUAUACCCCGAGAAUGCCACUAGCAACGAAGAGCACAAACGAUGACGUUCAAUCGCCCAAGAAGCGUAGAACAACACCGACAGUCGACAUUGCCCCUCCAAAGCCGACAAGACAGCCCGCAAUAGAGUCGUUUAACCACUUUGCUAAGACCAAGGCCGAGAGAAAUCGCGCCCAGGAAGCCGAGCGGAUCAGGGCCUCGACAGAAGCCGACAUAUUGGCCGCAGGUAUGGAGACUAACGGUAAGGAGACUUCUUCGUGCUCCGAAGCCGUAGUGCCAUCUUGCUCACCUGAACCAGGCGUUAGGGAAAACGCCAAGGACACUCCACCUCCCACCGACACUAUUUGUCUGGAGGAGACGACCAGACCAAGCCGCAGAAGCAGAGCGGCCAUUAGCUACACCGAGCCUAACUUGAAGGAUAAGAUGAGGCGGCCAAGAAACGAAACGUUUGACGCGGUCUCUGGCGAGGGCAAAAGUAGACGCUUCAGUCACUCUGAACCAGCUACGAUCGACAUCAAGAGAGAGUCCGGCGGCUCAGAUUCUUGGAGAGGGGUUGUCCCUGCCUCUCAACUGCGUGUCUCUGAAGUAUCCGCGGAGAGCGCACCGGUUAGCCCUCGCUUGCGCCACUCGUCGUUACCGCAUGAGCUACCAUCAGCGUAUGCUGGCCGUCAAGAACGGAUGCUGCAAGCUUCAGGCAUGGAUUGUGAGGCGGCCGCACCCUUACGCCACUCGUCUUUGCCAGAGGAGCUGCCAUCAGUGUAUGCUGACCGUCAAGAGCGGAUGAUGCAAGCAGCUGGCAUGAAUUGCAGGGCGACCAGACCCUUACGCCACUCGCCUGUUCUAAAUGAGCCGGCAUCAGUGUGGGCUGACCGUCAACAGCGGUUGCUACAAGCUGCUGGCAUGGAGAGUGCACAAGUUAGCCCUAGGCUACGCGACUCGUCUUUGCCGCAUGAGCUGCCCUCUACGGUUCAGGCUGACCGUCAACUGCGGAGCUCGCACCUGGAAGCUGCCCCUGCCCGCGAGGAGAGCGCGCCGGUUAGCCCUCGGUUACGCCACUCGUCUUUGCCGCGUGAGCUGCCAGCUACAGUACAGGCUGACCGUCAACUGCGGAGCUCGCGACUGCAAGCUGCCCCUGUCCGCGAGGAGAGUGACGUUUAUGAGUUUACUAGCUCGUCACCGUAUACGGACGGAAGUUCCGGACAUUCGGUGACCACGAGGAGCGGACGCAGGAUAACUGCGACGCGGAGAUUCUCCACAACCGACGAUGAGGACAACAGCAUUGAUACGAGAUAUGAACGCCUUAUGACGCGACGACGGAGCAUGAUGGUAUAG